CCUUCUUCAUUGCUUGACUUUGCCCAACUGUGACACUGGAUGAUUGUAUCCUCGCAAAACCUUGGAUGAACUAGGAAGUUUUCCGCGCCAGUCAAAAAGUUGAUAGGCGUGUCAUCGCGCCCUUGAGUUGACACAUCGACCACCCAUCUCCACAUCAUCAACGGAAUGAACGGAGUACUCCGUGAACAACCGCUUAAAUGACCACAUUAUCUUCCGCCGCAAUCCUCUCUUGAACCACUUCUCUUCAUCCGCUAUACCAUUCCUUCAUCAUGUCAAAGCUCCCUCUCAGAUCCCUCUCCCUCAUCCUCUCCCCAUACCACGUCGGCCUCCACAAUAAAGGCCCCGGCGCCGGCCCAGCAUUCCUCAAAACCUCCGGCCUCGAUUCCGCUCUCCGCUCCCUCGGUCUUCCCCUCCGUGAAAUCAAAGUCGAGCCGGUAGACGACCACGAAGGCGAAAUCGGGCGCAGCUUCGAGGUCAUAAAACGAACUGCAAAGCUAGUCGCGCAAGAACGCCGCAGGGGCUCGUUCCCGAUUGUUCUUGCAGGGAAUUGCAGUUCUGCUGUUGGCGUCGCUGCCGGACUUCACGCAUCGCAAGGGGUCGGGAAGGGUGGAUUGGGGUGUGUGUGGUUUGAUGCGCAUGAUGAUUUUAAUACACCCGACACCGUUAUGAGCGGAUACUUUGACUCGAUGCCGAUUGCCAUGCUCGCAGGGCAGUGUUGGAAGGGUCUAUUGGGGACUGUUCCGGGACAUCAGCCGAUGAAUUUGGAGCGGUUGGUGCAUGUUGGUAUGAGGGAUGUGAAUGACUUGGAGCGAGCCAGGGUGGCAGAGGCCGGGUUCGAUGUUAUCUGGGGCAGCACCGAGAAGAAGGUUGAUUUUGGGGCUGAGCUUGGGGUCGUGUUGCAGCGGAAGAAUCUUGGUUCUACGAUGGUUCAUUUUGAUGUUGAUUCUUUAGAUACGUCCAUAGGACACGCGAAUCGGUUUGCUGCGCCGGGUGGGCUGUUGAGGGAGGAUAUUAUCGGGUGCUUUGGGGCAAUUUCAGAGAAGGCUGAGCCAGUUUCUCUUACGGUUGCUUCGUUUGAUCCGUCAUAUGAGGGGGCUGGAAAUCUUGCGUCGGUUGCUGUUGAAGCGAUUAAGUUGUUUUUGGAGUCGUUAGUCAAGUCUGGUGUGCUGGCUAAGCCGUGAGAGUAUUAUUUGUCAGUAUCUUAGUUGAUGAUGCCGUUCCUUCAUGGUUGGGCACAUUGCGAAGCUCCU